CGUCAAAUCGAACAGACAGGUGAGGCAAUGUUUAUAAAAAAGUGAUUUUAUUUUACGAGGUGCACAUAAAAACGACUAAUUUCAUUUUAUUGUGAUUGCAUUGAACAAUAUCAAUAAGGACAUGGAAGACGAACUAGAAGAUAGAGUUUUGUAUCAGACAUAUCUUUCUUUUAUAAAGAUUUUAUCCCGUUUCACAAGCAGUGUUCCCUUUGAUACUCCCGUGAGCUAUUUAUGGAAAAUGGUGCGUCUUUAUUUCCUACGGUCAGAAGUCCUAGUUUUUACACUCGGCGUGGUGAUUUUCCUCAUGUAUUUACAAACAAUAGAGUUAUGGAGUCGUACAUUGCUAAGCAGAUUAUCUCAGGCGAUGAACCCUAUGUCCGUGCAGCGUAUGAAAUUUUUAGAGAGUUCUGAAGCCGACAAGCAGAGCUGGGAAUUAAAGGGUACUCUUAGCGCUGCAUAUGCAAUAAAGGGUAGAAGAAUGCACAUGGAAGAUAGAUUUAUUAUCAAUGAAGACAUAAAUAGUACGGGUAUAUCACUAUUCGCAAUUUUUGAUGGGCAUGGUGGUGAAUUCGCUGCUAAUUACGCCAAAGAUCACUUAAUCCAAAAUCUUUUUAACAAGAUAAUUGAACUGAAUGCAUUUAAAGAUGGUAAAACAAUCAGCACUCCCAUAAAGGAGAGUCCAGAAGAACCAAAACCAAAAGAUCAUGAGAACAGUAUCAGUGUUGAAAGAAAAACUAGCUUUAAGAAGUCUGCAAGCACUGCCGAUGACACUUCUAAAAAAGAGAUAACAGAUCCUGACCUUUUAGCUCAGAUUUCAAAGUCGAAAAUUAUUACUAGGGAAGUCAGGCCAUCAAAACCUGUGAUUAAUGUUUCUAUUCCAUUGUCAAGCUAUUUAGACAAAGGUAAAAUAAAUUUUGGUAAGCUUUUAACAGAUGAGGUACUGGCUGCAGAUAGAUUGCUUGUGGAAGCAGCCAAACGAUCAAUGAAUGUAGCAGGAACAACUGCUCUUAUUGCAAUCAUGGAAGGGAAUCACUUGAUUGUCGCCAAUGUGGGAGAUUCCAGGGGGGUUAUGUGUGACUCUCGUGGUAACGCAAUACCGGUAUCUUUUGACCACAAACCUCAGCAGGUACGAGAACAGAAAAGGAUUGAAGCUGCUGGUGGGUAUAUAGCUUUCAAUGGAGUAUGGCGCGUAGCAGGCAUCUUGGCCACUUCUCGUGCCAUGGGUGACUACCCAUUAAAAGACAAGAAAUUUGUAAUAGCUGACCCUGACAUUCUCACUUUUAAUCUAGACGACCACAAACCCAUGUUCUUAGUUCUGGCAUCAGAUGGCCUCUGGGAUACUUUUUCAAAUGAAGAAGCUGUGAAAUUUAUCAAGGAACGAUUGGACGAACCUGACUAUGGCGCCAAAAGUUUGACCCUACAGGCUUACUACCGAGGAUCUGUUGAUAACAUCACAGUACUAGUAAUAAACUUUUUACAGAAUAGAAUUUCCUCUGCUGCUAUUUCUCAGUAACUAUUUGACAAGCCAUAUUGAUGUCCAUUAUUAUAUUCAAGUGUACAUGAUAAUUUCAGAAAUGAUUGAUGUAUAAUCAUUGUAAUGGAGAUUUUCUUUUACAAAUUUUGUAGAUCAUUUCAUUAUUUGUUAUAUGUUUAUAGAUCUUAAUAGCUACUGAUUUCUUAAGUAAAAGCGAGGCGCUGUACUGGCAUGUGAUAAUAAAAUAACAGCCAACAAAGUUGCCUAAAAUAACUAUUUAUGUACCUAUAGCGAUUUUGAAUAGUGCAGAACUUUAUUAACAUUUUUUCUGCAUUUCUUAUUCUAGUGUAAUUAAAUGUUGUAUUUGUUUAACAAAGUAUUUUGUAAUAUGUUUCAGUGUUUUCAGCAUUAUCUCAUUUAAAAUUUUAAUUGUAAAUGUAUAAGUACAUAAAAGUUGUAGUUGAAAUCAUAUAUGUAUAUCAUAAUAAAAAUUGGUGUGAAUUUUGAAUGUCUUGUAAAUAUUUAUAUGUACGUCCAGUAGGUAUCCAUGUGUAGACAAGAGUAAUUUAUAUUUUUGAAUGUCAAAAUAUUUUUGAAAUCUAAUAUUUGAAUUUAUGCAUGGUUGUGAUGUGGACACGCAUUUUUGCAGAAUAUGUUAUUAAGUGUUCACUGAUAUUUAAUAUACAUUUGGUUUUAAAUUUGUCGGCAUUUCUCUAUUUAUAACAUUUAUAUGAAAAUUUACAUGCAGAAUUUGGUCAUCAUAAUAUAUAAUCCUAUUGGAGUAAGAAUCCUGCUUGGGUGUCUGGGAUCUGGCUAAAGUAAUUUGAAACUAAAUAUAGAUCAUGCUUCAAGCUAUCGGCAAAUUCAUUUCAGCAUGUCUAUAACAUAUAGAUAAUAAUUUGAUUCUGCAAAAACUUAUUAUUAUUUAUAUUUAUAUAUAUUAUAUUACGCGAAUUUAUAUAUGACGCGAAUAAUAUGAAAUUUGUCAUUUGGCUAAUAAGAAGUACACGUGUUUUCUUUGGUAUUUUAGGUAUUUGUCUUGUGUACUAGUCAGUAAUUCUUGUUUUUAGAAUACAUUAGACAAUUACAUACAAAAUUAUUUGAUCUCUAACAAUUCAUGGUUAGUCAUUGACUUCUUUAGAAAACAAGAUAGGUAAUGCACAAGUAUCAUAUUUUUUUGUAAAAUAAAAUGAUAUUUACACCAUUUCAAUACUUGCUUCAUCAUAAGUACAACUAGAAAAUAGCCCGUAUUGUACACCGGCCUAAAUUAUUAGGAAACCAUCGUAUAUAAAUGGGGCCAAGUAAGAUAAAAUGUCUUAACAUAUUGCCAUCGGCCAAUUUUUUUUUCAAAAAUAUCUGUUUAUAGGCUAUGUUUUUUUAGUGCCAAAUUAAUGGGUAUAUAUGGCAUUAGAGUGAGCAUUAACCUUAUUAACUCUCAACAGACGAAAAUAAAUUAACUGAUUUUAUAACAGUUCUUUUUUAACUAUUUUUGUGAUAUUUUGUUAAGUACUAUUGUUUAUAUAGUAUUGUUUUCAACUAUCUAUAAAGUCUGGCCAGUAACUUGCCUUUACUUAUUUCUUGAUUCACCUAGAUGUCAUUUUAGGAGAACGUUGUUACCUUUUUGUCAAAUUACCAAAGCAUCAUUAUUGUCUUUAAUAAAUGGUAAUGUGAGAUAAUAA